AUGUCAAGUGUAUCAAAAUCUCUAAAGAGUUUAGAAAAACAAAAUCCUAAUAGUAAAUCGGAGAAAAGAUGCGCCAGACAUGUUUCACAUUAUUCUGGCGAGAUCCACAAUUCAAAUUGCGCUACAAAUUUUGACACCAACAAUUAUCAUUAUCAAGCCAAAGAUUCGAACAUAGAUUAUAAUCGUCAGAAAGAACGUGCUCCUGAUGCACUCUUCUGUCAAAAUGGUCUCCGUGAGCAAUUAUCAGCUGGCGCUGAUAUGGAUGGAAAGUACCUGCAUUUUCCGACCUGGUUCAUAGCGCUACAAAAUCAGCCCAUCUUAAAUAUCAUUAACACUCUGCAAAUGAUAAGGGCAUUGAACGGGAACAUAGCCAUUCGAGAUCCUCAAUUAAAACGAACAGUUUUACUUGAGUCUGCAGCAAAAUUAAUGACCCGUGAACUCGACUAUACCGAAAAAUACCCAAUAUUACUUCAAUGGUUGGUUGAUACUAACCUGUUUAACAUUCACGAAAGAGAUUUCGACGAGGGAUGUGGAAUUCUUCAUUUUGCCGUACUAACGAAACAUGACAAAUAUAUUCCGUCGCUUUUGUUGAAAUGCAUAGAAUUGGGCGCGGAUCCUCGUUCUGAGGAUUCUAAAGGAUAUAAUGCCCUUGCAUAUAUAGCUAAAUUUAAACCACUUCAAACCCUGAUGGAAGUGAUGGAGAAAGUUCCGCCGAUGAGAAACGCGGAAGUGUUGCAACGCGCUAUCGAUAAAUCUUCUUGGAUAAGCAAAGAAAGAUCUUACCUUAAAAAAUGGUUAAAGCUACAAUUUUCAUCGAUUCCAAAUUUAAGAUAA